AUGUUGUUUGGAGUUAUUGGAGGUGUAAAAGCAAGUACCACCAAACUACGAGGAGAUGCCAGCAGUGAACAACAAGCACCACCAACAGUUCAGAAUACGUAUUCGGUUCAGCCACAACAAGCACAACCACAAGCGCAGCAACAACCUCAACCACAAGCAGCGGCAGCAACUGGACAAGUGAUUUAUCCAACAUCGUCGGGAACAGGUGGACAGCAACCACAGCCACAGCCACAGCCACAACCAGUUCCUCAACCUCAGCCAGUACCUCAACAACCAACGGUGCAAAUACCUCAACCUCCUCCACAGUAUUAUCCUCAAUCGACGUACUCGACUACUACGUACUCCACCCAACAGCAAUACAAUCCUCAGCAACAACCAUAUCCUCAAACCUCCACGUAUCAACCACAAUACUAUCAACCACAACAACAGCAACAACCUCAAUACUAUCAGCCUCAACAACCUCAGCAAUAUUAUCCUCAACAACCUCAGCAAGCACAAUAUUAUCCUCCUCAGCAACCUCCAGUUUAUUCUUCUACCUCCCCUUAUUACGGAAGUAAUCAAUAUUAUACUCAGCCUCAAUACUCAACUGCUCCACCUCCUACGUAUUACACACCUCAGCAAUCUUAUUAUCCACCAAGCACUUCGUAUGCUUAUUCCGCUCCUUAUUAUGGAGGCUAUUCUACUCCGUAUGUUUCUCCAUAUACUACAGCCUAUUCAUCUCCUUAUUAUGGAUAUUCAUCACCCUAUUACGCGAGUACUGUUCCAACGACGUAUGGAGCUUACGGAACCGCUCCUGCUGUGGUCUAUGUAUAA